AUGGAGAAUUCAAAGACCGGUCAAUCUGAAUUUAUCGAACUGAUUAUAAACGGGACGAUACAGGUGCCUAAGGCUUACCCGAAUGAUGCACUCAUCGGUCUCGAGGUAUCCAUCGGUGCGGUUGGUUUGAUCGGAAAUAUUUUGGUUGUUCUGACAAUCUUGCGGACAAAAGGCCUCCACUACCUCACCAAUUACCUCAUCCUCAACUUGGCCAUCGCCGACGCCUUGGUCUCCCUUUGCAGCAUCUUAAACCCGUGGCUGCUUUGGGGGAAGUAUGCCCCGGACGAGCUUCCCUCGUGCUUCACGAACAAGACCAUCGACAGCUACGUGGAGGUGCAGAUCUACUCCAUCUUUCAGCGGGGCUUGGAGGACAGCUCCCCGAUGUGUCUGCUCCUGCUGACGGUAGAGCGGUUCGUGGGCAUCGUCCAUCCCUUGCGACAUCCGGAGUUCUUCCGCUCACGGAGACUAGUCGUCCUCCUCCUGCUCGCCUGGAUCGUUCCCUUCCUCUUGGAACUCCCCGCUGGCCUCUGGUUCAUCAUCAAGUACCUCAACAACAACUGCUGGGCCUCGACAGCCAAGGAGGAGCCCUGGAUCGUCCUGAUUCCCGUCGUGAGUUCCAUCCUGUCCGUACUGGUCCCCGUCCUGGCGAUGAUAGUCAUGUACACCGGCAUCAUGAGAAGCUUGAAGCGUAACGCCCGGAGCUUAGAGCACCAAGGAAUCAACGGCCCUCCCCAGGAGCUCCAUCGCGCCCACCAGCGCGUCGUGCACACGCUCAUCCUCGUCACGGUGGCGUUCGCCCUCCUGAUAUUCCCCUGUCGCGCCAUCUACAUCACCACCGUGGCCAAUCUGGUGAACACGGAGCCGCAGCCUGUAAUCCAGCAACAAAUUGUGGUCAUUCUGGGGGCCCUGAAUUCCAGCAUCAACCCAUUCCUCUACGGCUUCAAGUAUGACAAGUUCCGCAAGGCGGUCAUCAUGAUGGUCUGUUGUAACCGGCGCAGGAACAAUGUCGUGCCUGCGAGAAUCGAAGUCACGACUGUAAACGGCACUGAGAACACAGUACCGUCACAGAAGGAUCCAGAAACAUAACCAAAUCUUUCCAAAAAGCGAAUAAUUACAGCUUCAUGGUUGUAUGAAAUUGGAAGUGAGGUGUCUUCUCAAAAGAGAAAGCUGACUACCUUCUCACAUUGGUUAUUUGGGACGGUGUAACCGUUCCUACUGAUCUCAGCUGUACAAUAACAAAUCGAACAUUUUAGUCUAAUUUGCUGUAUCUUUAAAGAUCAAAUGUUAAGU